AUGGUUUGGUUGUGGGGGCGGUGGUUUGGUUGUGGGGGCGGUGGUGAUUGUGAGGGCGGUGGUUUGGUGGUUGUGGGGGCGGUGGUGGUCGUUGGGGCGGUGGUGGUUGUGGGGACGGUGGUGGUUGUGGCGGCGGUGGUGAUUGUAGGGGCUAUGGUUUGGUUGUGGGGGCGGUGGUAUGGUUGUGGCGGCGGUGGCUGUGAGGGCGGUGGUGGUUGGAGGACGGUGGUGGUUGUGGCGGCGGUGGUUGUUGUGGGGGCGGUGGUGGUUGUGGAGGCGAUGGUGAUUGUAGGGGUGGUUGUGGGGGCGGUGGUGGUUGUAGGGGUGGUGGUGGUUGUUGGGGCGAUGGUGUGGUUGUGGGGGCGGUGGUGUGGUUGUGGGGGCGGUGGUGGUUGUGGGUGUGAAGGCGAUGGUGUGGGUGUGGGGGUGGUGGUGGUUGUGGUGGCGGUGGUGUGGUUGGGGGGCGGUGGUUUUUGUGGCGGCGGUGGUGGUUGUGGGGGCGGUGGUGGUUGUGUUGGCGGUUGUGGUUAUGGCGGCGGUGUUGGUUGUGGGGACGGUGGUGUGGAUGUGGGAGCGGUGGUGGUUGUUUGGGCGGUGGUGGGUAUGGCGGCGAUGGUGGUUGUGGGGCAGUGGUUUGGUUGUGGGGGCGGUGGUGGUUGUGGCGGCGGUGGUGGUUGUGGGGGCGGUGAUGGUUUUGGCGGCGGUGAAGGUUGUUUUAGUUAA